AUGCAUAAAUUUAUUGAAGAAGCUGAACUUGUUAAAUGUCCAUUAUAUGUUGCACCUACGUUAGAUUCACUACUGACUAUGGAGAAUAUGACUAAGCCAUUUAAAGAUAUAUUUGACAAUAUGAACACUAUACCUAAUAGUCAAUUAUUAAAUCUUGCUUUAAGUUUAACUACAGUAAAUUAUUGGUUUGCCAAAUUACAUGGAACUACUAAUAAUGAUAACGCUACAAAUAUUGGUUUACAGCCAACAUCUGAAUGGAAACCGAGUUCAACUGUUUUACUUAAUGCUUUAUCCGCCCGAUGGCCUGGUCGAUGGCAAAUUGUAGUUCGAAAAAAUAUAACUUAUUAUCUGGAUGGUGCACAUACUGUAGAAAGUUUACAGUCUGCAAUAAAAUGGUUUCAGAAUGAGAGCUUUGCUUUAAAUAAUAACAGACGUCCUAUACGAAUUAUUAUUUUCACUGUGAUUGGUCCACGAGAUCCUAAGCCAUUUUUAAAAUGUUUACAAUCUUCCUCAUUCGCAUUUGAUUUGGUUGUUUUUGCCAAUCCUCACGAUGGUCAAUUUGACAUUCUUCCCAGUAAAGAGUCGCAUGAUGAAUUAUGCUUCAAUAUAUGGCGUCAACUCAAAUCGGAAUCGAACACCGGGAGUAAUUCUACAUCAGAUUCUGUUGCUUCAAAGCAUGUCGAAUCAUUAUCUGCUUUUAUAAAAUUGAUGCAAAACUUGCAGCGUUUUUCUCUUCAUGCUUUGGAAUAUUUUCCGUGUGAAUGCAGUAAUUAUGAUGAAGCCGACAAUAAAACUUGCUGUGAUGUUUUUGUCACUGGCAGUCUAUAUAUGGUUGGUCGGAUAUUAAAGGAAAUAGGUGAACCUGUUUAAAGGAUACAAGUGAUAUUUCAAAUUCAAAUUCUGUAAAUCUUCCAUCUGUAAAAUAAUGACGCGUUUUUAGAUUCCCACAUGUUUAGUCAAAUUAUCACUGCAAACUGUAAAUAUCAUGUACAUAGAUGAUCAUCGAUUCGUUAAAUUUUACAUACGUAUAUUUAAGAUGAUGCAAUCUUUUUCUAAUGAAUAACCGCA